AUGGACAACCCCCAAUAUACUCAUGUCCACGAACUCACCAUCCCCGCUUACCACGCCGCACUCCUGAACGGCACAACAACAUGUGAACAGACUGUUUCAGCUUAUUUGGCUCAGAUAGAUAGGUAUAAUCCUACUCUUCGGGCUAUCGUCACGGUAAAUGAGAACGCUUUGGAUGAUGCACGGCAAAAGGAUAUCGAGCGUCUUCAAUUCCUCCAUGACAACAACACCAGCAGCAACAAUCCCACCCCAGAGGAAGCCGACUCGAACGAUUCAAUCCCCAGGAAGAAAAAGCUACACCCCCUACACGGCGUCCCCCUCCUCCUCAAAGACACCUACACAACCACCCACCUCCCAACAACCUCCGGCGUCCUUGCCCUCUCCACCCUCCACACCCACACCAACGCCCCCAUCGUGCAAACCCUCCUCGCCUCCGGCGCCAUCCUCCUCGCCAAAACCAACCUCCACGAAUUCUCCCUCGAAGGAACAACAACCUCCUCCCUCGGCGGGCAGACCCUCAACCCCUACGACCUAACACGCACCCCCGGCGGCUCAUCAGGCGGCACCGCCGCCGCCCUAGCCGCUAAUAUGGGGCUCGUGGGAUGUGGCGGCGACACGAUGAACUCGCUGAGGUCGCCCGCGUCGGCGUGUGCGGUUGUGGGGUUCCGCCCGACGAUGGGGAGGGUGUGUACGAGUGGCGUGAUGGGUGUUUCGAGGACGCAGGAUGCGUUGGGGCCGAUGGGGAGAGGGGUGGGGGACGUUAGGGUUUUGUGGGGGGUUAUGAAGGGGAGCACAGCUUCUUCUGCUACCGCUGCUGCUGCUGUCGCUACUGCUAGCACCAAUACUGAUGCUGCCACUGAUACUCCUAACCCCAACUCUACUGAUAAAGAAAACAUCCCCCUCCGCAUCGGCAUCCUAACAACCUACUUCCCCUCCUCCGACUCCUCCAACCCCGAAAGCCUCACAAUCAACAACAUCAUGCAAACCGCCCUCCAAAAAAUCCAAUCCUCACCCACCCUCACCCGCCCAAUCCACUUCAUCCCCCUCUCCCCCCAACCAACCUGGGAAGUAUCCCUCCUCCGCACCGAAGCAGACACCCAAUCCUUUGAAUUCAAAGAAGAGAUGGACUCUUUCCUGCAAUCCCCCUUCAUAAAACACACCCCGCACAGAUCACUCGCAUCCAUCGCUGCUUCCGACGAGUAUCAUAAAACAGCAGUAACAGCCGUAUUCCACGAGACGUUACAAACAGAGAAAUUCAACACGCAGUGCGAGGCGUAUAAGGCGCGUCUACAGCGAAUCAAGACGUUAAAAGAAUCCGUACAAACGUGCUUUGUGAAUGAGAGACUAGACGCAAUGGUCUACCCGCAUCAGAAGAACCUGGUUCUCCCAGUGGGCGAGGUCGUGCAGAGCGGACGAAAUGGGAUUCUGGCGGCGUUGACGGGGAGGCCGGCUGUUUGUAUUCCUGCCGGCUUCGCUCAACCCGCAGAACAAACUCCCGGGCCCGGUAUACCGGUUGGACUAGAGCUAAUGGGCACACCAUGGCAAGACGAUGAAUUGUUGGACAUAGCGGAGGUGUUUGAGGGGAUUAUCCAGGGGAGGAAGCCUCCUUUACUCACGUCUGAUUUAUCUAGAUCUGGGGAUCUAUAG